AUGAUCCGCACGGUGAAAUCAUCCCUAAGACUGACCCUAGGCCAUAGUCGCAAGACAUUCGAAGAACUGGUCACCAUCCUUCACGAAGUCGAAGCGGCCGUAAACAGCAGACCCCUCACUAGCAUAUCCACGGAUCCCAAGAGACGGAGCGAACGACGCCAGCAAGCCAUUGAAGUGUUCUGGAAGCGCUGGAAAAGGGAAUAUCUCCUCCAGCUCCGUUCUGCGCACCAAGGUGCUGGCGGAUCUCCUACAGCUCUGAAGCCUGGUGAUCUUGUCAUCGUUGAAGACGACCGCCUCCCACCAUUGUUGUGGAAAACCGCCAUCGUUGUAGCCACACACCCGGGGCGCGACGGGAUCGUCCGGAGCUUCACUAUCAGACUCGCAAACGGAAGAGAAACGUCACGUCCUGCUCAGCGUCUGUACCUGCUAGAGGCCCACGAGGACACCACUGCCGCCCCCGGGAGGAUGUUGGGAAUCGACGAGGACGUUUCUGCCCACGCGAGUACCGAAAGAGAAGGAGGGAUCGCGAGCCAGGCACUCGGGCCUGUACCUUCGUUCAGGCAGUUUGGAUCCGCCCCUCUGGAAUAA